GGAUACGGGAGGGGCUCAACUGUUCCAGGGUCUGAGUGGCUCAUCCUAACCAGGACGACUGCUUUGCAAUUGGUCUAAACGCGGAGUGGACGGGACGAAGGGUGUGUGUCUGCUAAUCUUCCUGCCAAGAUGGCUGCGUCCACAGCGCGGCGUUUGUGGUCUUUGGUGACCUGCCGACGGAUCCGGCCCCGGAGAGGUUGCCUCUGCAACCAGAGCCCAAGGAGGAGUUUCACAACCGAGAGACGAAACCGGAACCUCCUGUACGAACACGCACGCGAUGGCUAUAGUGCACUCCCUCAGCUGGACAUGGAGCGGCUCUGCGCAUGCCCUGAAGAAGCCGCGCUCACCCUGGAGCACCGCAAGGGGGAGCUGCGGCCGGAAGACCUGCAGGCGAUCAUCUCGACAUGGCAGGAGCUGAGGCAGCUGCAAGAGCAGAUCCAGAGCCUGGAGGAUGAGAAGGGAGCCGUGGCUGAGGCAGUGCGGGCCCUGCUGGUGAACCAGGACAAUAAGCAAGUGCAGCAGGACCCCCAAUAUCAGAGUCUACGGGCACAUGGUCGGGAGCUCCGGAAGCAGCUCGUGCUCCUGUACCCCAAGAAGGCCCUGCUUGAGGAGCAGUUCUACUUGCAGGCACUGAGGCUGCCCAACCAGACCCACCCAGACGUGCCCAUCGGGGAUGAGAGCCGGGCCCGAGUGCUGCACGUGAUUGGAGACAAACCAGCUUUCUCCUUCCAACCCCGGGGCCACCUGGAAAUUGCCGAGAAACUCGACAUCAUCCGUCAGAAGCGCCUGUCCCACGUGUCUGGCCACCGCUCCUAUUACCUGCGCGGGGCUGGAGCCCUCCUGCAACACGGCCUGGUCAACUUUACACUCAACAAGCUCAUCCACCGGGGCUUCACCCCCAUGGCGGUGCCGGACCUUCUCCGAGGAGCUGUGUUUGAAGGCUGCGGGAUGACCCCAAAUGCCAACCCGUCCCAAAUUUACAACAUUGACCCCUGCCGCUUUGAAGACCUCAGCCUGGCCGGGACAGCAGAGGUGGGGCUUGCAGGCUACUUCAUGGACCACUCUGUAGCCUUCAGGGACCUGCCGGUCAGAAUGGUUUGUUCCAGUACCUGCUACCGGGCAGAGACGGACACUGGGAAGGAGCCGUGGGGGCUGUAUCGAGUGCACCACUUCACCAAGGUGGAGAUGUUUGGGGUGACAGGCCCAGGGCUGGAGCAGAGCUCGCAGCUGCUGGAGGAGUUCCUGUCCCUGCAGAUGGAGAUCCUGACGGAGCUGGGCUUGCACUUCCGGGUUCUGGACAUGCCCACCCAGGAACUGGGCCUUCCUGCCUACCGCAAGUUCGACAUUGAGGCCUGGAUGCCAGGCCGGGGUCGCUUUGGCGAGGUCACCAGUGCUUCCAACUGCACAGACUUCCAGAGCCGCCGCCUCCACAUCAUGUUCCAGACGGAGGCUGGGGAGCUGCAGUUCGCCCACACGGUGAAUGCCACCGCCUGUGCUGUCCCCCGCCUGCUCAUCGCCCUCCUGGAGAGCAAUCAGCAAAAGGACGGCUCGGUCCUCGUGCCACCUGCUCUCCAGCCCUACCUCGGCACCGAGCGGAUCACGGCUCCCACCCAUGUGCCUCUCCAGUACAUCGGGCCCAACCAGCGCCAGAAGCCCAGGCUCCCGGGACAGCCUGUCUUGAGCUGAGGACUCAUCAGCCACCGGGGUCAUUGCUGCUUCUUGGACCUCAGGGGACCCUGGGGCCCUGGGAUCUGUUGUCCUGGGACCGUCCUGACAUCUGUGUGCCUCACAUCAGCUCCACGCCUGGGCCUGUGGACUUCAGGGUCUACCUCUCCCUCUUCCCUACUUCCUUACAAUCAGUUAGUGACCCUGUUGUCACUGGGGGUCCCAGCCUGUACUGAGAGGCAGGACAUCUGGGAACCUGAAGGCUCUAGGGGUGGGGAAAGGAGAGAGGCCUCCACACUUCCUUCCUCCUCCCCUCCCUACCUCAGUGCUUAGCAGAAGGUCCACAAUAAAUGGUCAGAACAUUGGCCUUCA